GCCAAGUUUUUGUACGGGAGCAAGUUUACCCCUGUGGAACGACAGGAUAUGAAACUCAUGAUCCAGAGCAAUAUGUACAAGUAUCUCAGCAUCCUGCUUGAUGCACGAGAACGUUUUGAGGAGGAAGAUUUAUUAGAGAGAAGAAGGCAAGCUUCUGACGAAGAAGCUGCUGAAGCAGAGGUAAAUAACCAAUGCAUUUAUUCUCUCAACCCAAGAUUGAAGCACUUUUCUGACUGGCUGCUCGACAUAAUUGCCACUGGGGAUUUGGAUGCAUUUUUCCCAGCAGCAACACGCGAAUAUGCCCCGCUUGUUGAGGAAGUAUGGAAAGAUCCUGGUAUUCAGGAGACUUAUAAGAGAAAGAAUGAACUCCACUUUCUUCCAGACGUAACCGAGUACUUCUUGAGCAGGGCAGUUGAAAUAUCGAGCAACGAGUAUGAACCUUCAGACAAAGAUAUACUGUUUGUUGAAGGGGUGACUCAAGGUAAUGGGCUGGCUUUUAUGGAGUUCUCAUUGGACGAUCGAAGCCCAAUGUUAGAAACUUACACAGAAAAUAUGGAAUCUGGGCCCCAACCUCUCACCAA